UGUGUGUGUUUUGAGUCAAAGCAGCAAACUCAUUUUGAGUCUUUGACAUUGCAGCUGCAACUCCAAUCUUCAUCUUCCACAGCAGCCGCCCGCCGUUGAGAUUCCAACUCAAAUAUCUUAUAAACCAAUCUUUGACUAAAAUUCGCCCACUUCUCUAUCUAUUCCUCCCACCAAUUUCAUUUUUUUUUUCUUUUUCGUUUCUUCCUCGAAUUUUCCUUGGGUUAGAUUCAUGCAUCGUUAGAAAGAGAAAGAGAAAGUCCCUUUUCCUCCUCCUUUCCUAGUUGGAAAACAGAGUAUAAUUCUUGAUUCCCUUCUUCCCAAUGAUUUCAGACCUCAAAACCCUGCACAAAACAAACGCAGUGUAGCUAGGGGUUCUUUUAAAAUGAAGCUGAUUUUGACUCUGUUUCUAUCCCUUUCCGUCAGCGCUCUGUCGGCGCCAUCUCCGAGCGAAAAUCCCACAAACGCAACCUCAAAAUGUCCCAUGAAUUUCGAUUAUGUAAGGACAGUCCCAUGGGAUGUUUCCGAGUGCAAAGACCAUCUCUCUCCCAACAGCACCAGGUGCUGCCAAGCCCUUCUCUCUCUCAUCGGCGUAGCAUUCGCGGAGAAUCUAAAAAGGACAUCUUUUUUCCGGCUCCCAGAUUUGCCCACCUCAAUUUCAUGCCUCCAAGAUUUUCAGACAAAACUGAGCUCUCUUUCUCUGCCGUCUAAUCUGACAUCCGUGUGUUUCAAUCCUAUGCAAUUUAUCACAACCCCAAACAUCUGUGCCUCGAUUCAAACCACUCGAGAUUGGGUUGAGAAGCUCGGGAAUUCGACCGAUUUGGACUCUGCUUGCAAGCCGGACCUCGCUGAUCUCACCGCUUGUGAUGCUUGCGUUGCUGCAGGUUUUAAGGUUCAAUCAAGUUUGAUCGCAAUUGAUGGUAAUAACUCUCAUUCCACAAAUUGUUUUUACUUUGCGGUUUUGUAUGCUGCUGGAAUUGUGAAUCAGUUUGGACCUGAGAGCAUUGGUGCUGUUUCCUGUAUUUUUGGUUUAUCGAUUGUUUCUAACAAGAGCUCGUCUAGUAAGAGGCAUUCGGGUUUGAUUUAUGGCGUGGCUGGAGCCGGUGUGGCUCUAGUUUUGGUGUGUGGUUUGUUGGGGUUGUACAUUUGGUGGGGUAGGAAGUUUAGAGAGAGAAGUGAUGAGGGAGAGGAGGAAUUGGGGUCUAGGGCAAGAAGGCCUACCAUAGUGUCUAUAUGGUUCAAGAUUGAUGAACUUGAGAAGGCGACGGACGGGUUUUCGCCUAAGAACUUUCUAGGGAGAGGGGGUUUUGGGAUGGUCUAUAGAGGGACAUUGAGUGAUGGAACGGUUGUUGCAGUGAAGAAGAUAAUAGAAUCUGAUAUUGAAGGGAAUUCUGAGUUUUGUAAUGAAGUUGAGAUCAUUAGUAACUUGAAGCAUAGGAAUCUUCUGCCUCUUCGAGGGUGUUGUGUGGCUGACAACGGUGCUCCACACGAGAGUGAGCGUUAUCUUGUUUAUGAUUACAUGCCGAAUGGGAACCUUGAUGACCAUUUGUUUCCGGUGAGUACUAGUGGGCAUUCUCCGUUGUCGUGGCCUCUGAGGAAGAGUAUAAUCAUGGAUGUGGCAAAAGGGUUGGCUUAUCUCCACUAUGGCGUUAAGCCGGCUAUAUAUCAUAGGGAUAUCAAGGGGACUAAUAUAUUGUUGGAUAGUGAGAUGAGGGCAAGGGUGGCGGAUUUUGGGUUGGCGAAGCAGAGCAGGGAAGGGCAGUCUCAUCUCACGACCCGUGUGGCUGGAACGCAUGGGUAUUUAGCGCCUGAGUAUGCCCUAUACGGGCAGUUGACUGAGAAGAGCGACGUGUACAGCUUUGGAGUUGUUGUUUUGGAGAUCAUGUGUGGGAGGAAGGCUCUUGAUCUGUCCGGGGGGUCGCCUCGUGCAUUCCUGAUCACGGACUGGGCUUGGGAGCUCGUGAAAGGUGGGAAGCUCGAGAAGGUGUUGGAUCCUUUCCUGGUGAACGAUGGGGAUUCACAGACUGCAAAUCCAAGAGGAGUGAUGGAGAGGUUCGUGCUCGUUGGCAUUCUGUGUGCUCAUGUCAUGGUGGCCCUAAGGCCGACCAUUGCAGAAGCGUUGAAGAUGUUGGAAGGUGAUAUCGAGGUCCCUAUCAUUCCGGAUAGGCCAAUGCCUCUCGGCCACCCUUCCUUCCAAAGGAAUUUCAGCAUUUCUCCGGCAUUGAGCGCAUUACAGCUCAAUUCCGGAGACAUGCUUAGGUGAAGAACCCUAAACAAGAUGUUUUCUUUUUUUUGUCCGAUAAAUGAUUAACUAAUGAAAAAUUCAAGAUUGUUGGAUUUGGAAGUGCAAAGGCAGUUUCAUCAACAGAGCUUCAACUGAUAAGAAGGAAAAUGUCUUGAGAAUUUAGAGGUGUUCUUGAAUCCUUUGUAGAUGUACAAAGUUUGUAUACAUAUCUAUAACUAUAAGCCACUCCUUUGAAAUGGUUUAAUGUAAAUAGAGAUCGUUUUAUCA